GCGUCACCUUUAUGUCACACCGGAAGUCCGAUCUAACCCAGCAUCUAACCGAAACCAAAAAUGAUGCUCGCCAGUUGGUGGUUUCGUUUUGCAACAACAGAAAGUUUGGCAGCAGAGAGAUGCAGUCUGCGACAGGCGGAGCUGAUGGCGUCUGACCAUGGAUGAGGAGGAGCUUGAUGAUGAAAAUGUGAAGUGUGUUCUGGUUCAGGAGUCCUCUAAACUAUUUCAGAUCCUCUGCAGUCAGUCUCCAUCAGUUAUCAUGUCUCUUUGCCAAAUGCUGCCCCAUGAAGCGGGCCGCCAUGAUGAGCAGGCAUCCACCGGUUCUGCUGCAGCUUCAGUGGACCAUGUCAACGCCCUGCUGCAGUACUUCAGAGGGGCCAGCGCUGCAGAAUGCAGAAACUUCCUUCAGAGCGUUUGUGUGAUGUGUGAGAACAUGCCCAUGCAUCUGGAGUCCAGGCUGCUGUCUGUGGCAGGAUAUGCGAGCAGUGAAAAUUCGACUCCCAGCGUAACGAAUCAGGAGCCAUCAUCUCUGCAGUUGGAGGAGCAGCUCACUAAACGCCCACGGAUCGAUUACUGGGAGCUGUACAUCAAAGCAGCCACAGAUUUUCAUCAGAGGAGGUGGAAGAACGUGUCUGAAGGUUUAGUGAAGGAUGUGCAGCUGGAAAAGGUCUGGGUCGGCCUCAGAGCUGCAAACAGGGGCAGGGAGCGACCCGAUCGGACCCCCGGAUCUGCAGACCGAGGGGGCAGAACACCAGAGCUUGGCUUGGAUUACGGGUGUUUGGAGUCCAGACUGACUUUGGAGUCCUUCCUGCAGGGAUGUGCAGGAAAAGUGACGCUUCUUUGUGGACCGGCUGGAUCAGGAAGAACGCUGCUUAUGUCCUGUCUUGGGCAGCAGUGGGCUGAUGGAUUAGGCCCCAUCCCUUCAUCCACCCUGUUUGUCCUGUUAGAGUUUCGUCAGCUCAACCUGCUGUCGUCCCCCGUGUCCCUGUCAGAUCUGCUCUUCCAGCACUGUCUCCCCCCUCCUCUGAACGACGACGUAAAGCAAGCCGUCGUGGACUACCUCCUUUCUAAUCCAGGUCAAAGCUGUUGGGUUCUGGACGGCUACGACGAGUUUCACUGGAAGUUCCACAGACAAACGGAGCCUCUGGACGUAGAGGAACCUCUACCUGUCACGGACCUCCUCUCAGGGUUGUUGAAUCGUCAGCUUCUCCCAGGAAGCACAGUGUUGGUGACCUGUCGUGUGCGAGAUGUGUCCGAUUUUGAUGGAUUACCAGACAAAGUGGGGGAGCUGCUGCCAUGGGACCAGCAGGAGAUAAGAGAAUAUGUGGAUGGAUACUUUGGUAUUAGAGAUGGAAGUCUUCAAACAGAGGCAGCAGAUCUCCUCCUCUCUAAUCAUCACCUCCUCACCAUGUCCUCCAUCCCUGCCUUCUGCAACAUUUGCUGCAUGGUCCUGGAGUUUUUGCUGCUGGCAAGCAAAAAUACAGACAGAGCACAAACUCCAGAAGGAGGCAAAAGGGGAGGAAGUUCCACAAAGAGAGAGGAAGAAGGAUCUGCAGGAGAAUCAGAGAUUUCACCUGGAUUACCUGAAGUCCCCACAACUCGAACCCAAGUCUACCUCGCUGUUGUUGCUGCUUUCCUGAGCCGACAUCCUCACACAAGAGGAAGAAACGACCAGACAAGGACCUCGAGAUUUCCUGAGAGCUGUCUGCGUGAACUGAGUCGGUAUUCAUCUAAGUUGUGUGAGCUGAGUCGGCUGGCAUGGGAAAGUUUGGAGAAGAGUAAGAUCCUGUUUAUGAAAGAAGACAUUCCAGGGAAUAUUUUAGCGUUUUCAGUCCGGACCGGACUCCUCCGACAGGUAGAGCUCAGACGCGGCGACGGGAAGCUCGUCAGCGCCUACAGCUUCGUCCACCAGACGGUUCAGGAGUUUCUGGCUGCUCUGAGAAUUAUGACGAGUGAAGACCUCACUAUUAAGCAGCUCAAGAAGAGAUUCAGCCUGAAAACUCGUUGGAUAACUAAAUCAGACCAGAAGUCGGUGUUUACCGACUCGCUGUACCUGUUUGUGUGUGGUUUGGCGUCCUCACGCUGCACUGAGGCCCUGGUUCUGUUUGCCAGGGAGUCCCGUUCAAAGGGCGUCCAGAGCUGGGUCCAGAAACGCCAAACCUGCAUCGUGGAUUUACUGAAAACUCAGUGUCCUGGCACUCUAACGGGACCGAAGAUUUUGCAGCUUUGCCACUGUGUCCAGGAGAGCCAGGACCAGGACCUGGCCCGGCAGGUUGUGAGUGCGAGGCCGACCCUGGAGCUGAGGAACUUCUGCCUGUGGCCCAACGAUAUCCAUGCUUUGGCUUUUGUCGUCAACUCAGCAGCUGACAGCGGCGCCGGUCUGGACUUUGGUUCAUGUUCGAUGGACCUGGAGUGUCUAGAUGUCCUGUCCUGGUGUCGGAACAUUCAUGACCUCAGUUUUCGGAGACGCAAAUAUGGUGAUAAAUUUGCAGAGAAGCUGUCAACCGUUCUGCCUGAAUUCAGAACUCUGAGGAAACUUGAGUUUUGUGGUGCCAGUUUGACAGCUGCAGGGGCGGCGAGUCUGGCCUCGGGUCUGCAGGAAUGUGCCACCAUCACUGAGAUCAACUUUAGCGACAACAAUCUGCAGGACGAAGGAAUCAGACAUGUAGCCGAGAUUUUCCCCAAACUACAAAACCUGCUUUCCGUAACGUUGGGACGUAACAACGCGUCUCUGAAAGCAGCCCAGUGUCUCGUUGAGAAAAUGACGUUUUGUUUGAACGUUCAACAAGUUCACGCAGAUGGGAACAAAGAGCUGACUGUAACGUUUCUUCAGAGCUCAGACGUAAACAGCCGUAAAACGAAUCCUGAACGAGCAGUCAGCCUGUUGAAUCAGAAGUGGAACAAGCCUGACAUGCAAAAGUUUGCCAAGUCUCUGACUAAAUGUCCUCCUCUGUCUGUCCUGAACCUGUCGGGAGGUCAGUGGGAUGAGGAAACUUUAAAGACGCUGACUCAGUUUGUGCCAAAGCUCACCAUCACUGAGAAGAUCACCUUGAACGGCAGCUGCACAUCGGUGGAGGGUCUGGUGGUUCUGACCGCUCUGCUGUCCGAGUGUCCCUCAGUGUCCGAUCUGCAAAUCAGACUCCAGAACCCAGUCGAGGCAUCAGUUAGGUUUGCUGAAGGCAAACCUGGAAGUGAAAUGUCUAAAACACUCAGCCUCAGCUGCUGUAAUCUGCUGCCCAAAGAUCUGGAAAGAGUCUUGAAAAGUUUAGGAACUUCGCCCGACCUCGCUGUUCUGGACCUGAGCUCAAAUCGUUUAGGCGACAAAGGUCUGAAGAAGCUGCUGGAUGUUCUGUCUCAUUUUAAAAAAGUCCAGAGAGUCAAUGUGAGUGAGAACGGCGUCAGCAUGGACGGGGCGGUUCUCCUGGCUGCUGCUUUGUGCUCCAGUUACACUUUGUGCAACGUUCACAUCAGUGAUGGAGGUAAAGGUCAGGUGCUCCUGCAGCUCCGGCCCAACUCCAGUGACAACAAACAUCCGACAAAGGCGUUCAGAAUGAAGAGCAGCAGCGUCCUCCCGCCUGAUGUCACCAAAAUAUGUAAACGACUGACCCGGUGUCGCUCUGGUUUGGAGUUGGAGUUCUCUAAAUGCACUUUUGGCGAGAAGGCGAUCGGGAAUCUGCUGAAAGUCUUACCAGAUAUGUCGACUCUGCAGAGACUCGAUGUCAGCAGCAGCGUCACCAUGGUGACUGAAGCAUUGUCAUUAAUCCGCUGCUUGACUGAUAAUCAGAGAGUCACCUGUGUGGAGUUCAGUCCACAGACUGAAUCCUUCAUUAUGUUUGAUGGAGUUAAAGCAGAAGAAGUCAAAUGCAGGUUAACAGGUUUUUGUUUCAGAGACGUUGCUUCACUGAAGCGCCUGCUGGAGAUCCUGCAGCAAGAUCAGCUGAUUUCUUACCUUGAUUUAUCAGAUAAUCAGCUGGAAGACGAAGGAGUGAAGUUCUUAAUCGAUUCUUUACCAAAACUUCAAAUCAGCAGCUGCAUCAAUCUGAGUUACAACAGACUGAGCCGGCAGGGGCUGAUGGGCGUGGCCACGACACUUUCUACCUGCCCUGACGUUUCCGAUGUGGAAACCAGUUUGGGAGAAGAGAAGCGAUGUCUCAUCUGGUUCAGACGACAGGAUGAAAGUGGGAAAAGUCUCAGAAUCAGCAACGGCAGCUUGGAGCGAGAUCAUCUGAUCAGCUUAGCAGAGAUCGUCUCCCGCUGUCCCAGUUUGACCAGACUGGUAUUAAAGAACAACACGCUGCAGUGGGAGUGGAUAGAAACCUUCAUAAGAGUUUUAACCUGCAGUCAGAGAGGAUUGACAGUCAGUGUUGAAGAGAGUUGGAUUGGUUCUGAAGAAGCUGUGAGUUUAGCGCAUCGCUGCCUGCAGCUGAAUAAAAACAUCUCAACUCUCAGGAUCCAUCAAACCGGCCUUCAGCUGUCUCUGAUGAACUCUGAACUCACCUCAGUCAGCCUCGGGGACAGAAUCCAGCUUCCAUUAGUGGAAGGUUUCACCCAUCAGUUUCCACAACUCACAGAGUUGGACUUUUCCACAGACAGACUUGGAGUUGAGUUCCUGUCCUCUCUGCUGCCUUCGUUACCGAAUCUCACCUCUCUCAGCGUUGGAAUCAAGGAACGUACUCCGGCUGUAGUUGAGGAGCUCUCACAGAUCCUGCUGCAGAUGACAUUAAUCCAACGACUAAAUCUUUCAGGUCAUUCUAUAAGUGAUGCAGCUGCUCAGAGUCUGACGGAACUGUUUCCUCGUCUUCGCUCAAUCGGCCUGUCUUGUUGUGUGUGGUCAGAAGAUGGAGGACUGCAGCUCAUCAGAGCUCUGAGACGAUCCAAACAUUUAGAAGAACUUUGUCUGGAUGCAGCUCUGCAGCUGAAAGAGAACAGCUGGGAGUGUUUGGCUGAAGCUUUAGGAAACAUGACUUCCAUCCAGAGUCUGAAGUUGGACGGCUGGAGGAUGGAUGAUGGAGGGAUACAACAGCUGAUUAAAACCAUUCCUGGAUGGAAGCGGCUCAAGAAGAUCAGCCUCUCUAAGAAUGUCAUCAGCGACGCUUCGGGGGAGAAGCUGCUUGAUGCUCUGAAGAGCUGCAGCCUCCUGGAGGAGCUCCAUCUGUCCAGUAACUUCCUGGGUGACCUGACCGCUGCCAGCAUGAGCCUGGUGCUGCCGUCGAUGACGCGCCUCGCUGUGCUGGAUGUUUCAGUCAAUCGUUUUGGAAAAGACGGAUCAGUCAGCCUGGCCAAAGCAGUCAGGAGCUUAACGAACCUCAGAAAGAUCCAUCUGACUUCUGUCGGGACGUCAGAACUCGGCGUUGUAGCGGCGAGUUUGGGCAAAUGCCCGUUCAUCCAGGAUGUGGGUCUGGGAUGGAAUCACUGCGGAGACGAUGUUGUUCUGGAGCUCGCCAAGAUUCUGCCUCUUUGCCGGGAUCUGAUCCGUCUCGACUUGGAGUGCAACAGCGUGAGUUCUGCUGGACUGGCGGUUCUGGUUAAAGCCUUGCAGUCCUGCCCGUCUCUGCAGAUCAUCAGGCUGUGGAAGAACAACGUCUCAGUGAGCGAAGCUCAGAGGUUCAGCCAGACGGAGAGGAGGCUCAGUUUCUCCUCCAUGUGACGAUUCUGCAGAUCCAUGGUGAACGGACCUUCAUCAGGACCGCAGCAACAGGAAAUACGUUUAAUGGCUGAAUAUGAAUGUUUGGAUUUUACUGUAAUGUAAAAAAAAAGUUAAAAGUUGAAGAUUUCAACUCAGACUAAACGUCGCUUUGAUCCCUCAGCAGCGAUUUAAAGCACUUACCGUAAUUUCUGGACUAUAGAGCGCAUCUCAAUAUAAGCCCCAUCAACAUAAACAAGGUUUUCUACACACACGCCACACUCGAAUACAAGCCGCAGCGCAGCAGCCGCAUGCAGGUCUCCGGCGCACAGCGCAUGUACGGCCAUAACAUACGAUAGUUAGACAGAAAGACGCUACACGGAGGUUUUUUGUUGUUUUUUUAAUUCAACAAAACGAAUUUAAACACGGGUGAACGUGCCUGCAAGUUUAGAAAAGAAAACACUGACAGCAUUCAUAUUUCUGGAUGUUAUAACAUAAAAACAGCACUGACACGUUAUUACCGGUCAUUUGCAUUUUUAGAAGGAAAGAACAGCGCUGACACAGCAUUAAUAAGCCCUGGAUGAUUAGAAAAUAAAAACUGCACACAAAACAUGCCUGGUUAGUAAAUAAAACACACUUGCCUACCAGAAAAAGUCAUUCUCUCUCAUCUCCCUCUUGCACACUAAAGCUUGGUUUAUGCUUGACGCAUUUACUUUCCGCUUGGUGAUGCGACUCGCGGAUGGAACGCGCUUCACAACUCGCAGCGUUUAUGGUUCAUGCGGCUCGUCUCUGCGGUGAGCCAAUAUUCUCCCAAACUAUAGGGGGCAGCAUGGAGCUCUACGGCAUGCAUCCAACACUACACCAUUGUAGAAGUAGAAAUUACUGUUUACAACAUGGCAUUCCAGCAUUUUUAACAGCGUUCUCGUCUUUUCCAACAGUGCAAGCUAUUUCUCUCCAAGAAUUAUUAACAACAUGUUGAUCACGGUGAUCUUUGAGAGCUGAAUCAUACAAAUGUCUGUAUUUAUGAACCUCUGCCAUACUAGUUCUUGCCAGUCCGCCAUGUUUUUCUGCGUCCGUCCGUCCGCGUGGUUAGAAAAUUUCCUAGGUGCGCGUUGCGGAAAUUUUGGGCCGUGCGGAGGCGCGGUGGAGGGGCGUGGUUGUUAAAAUGAUGCAAUUUUGCCGCGUGGAGCCGUGUGGACCUCGCGGAUGCGUCAAGCAAAAACAAACCUUUAAGCCAUUAGUCCUCUUCUUCAGUGUCGGAGUUGAACAGCCUCAGAAGAGCUUCGUCACAUACCUUUUCUGUGGCGAUGUCGGCGUCGCUGUCCGUGUCGCUGUCAUCAUCCCCGGGUGAAGCUGGCUUGAAUAAGUUCUUCCAGCCGCCGUCUCCAGCGCCGAACCACGGAUUCAUUCAUGCCAAGCUUACGUGCGGCAGCGCUGUUUCCCUCCUUC